AUGACAAUUGGUGCUUCUUUAUUCUUUGGUAGACGUGCUAUUUUGGCCUCCAUACAGGCUGGACAUUUCUCAGUUGUAAAAGGAUCAUCCUUUUUCUGCACACAUACUCGAGUGGUGAAGUUGCCUUUGGUGUCGAUAUUAGGAUCAUCGUGGCAGACAUUGCUCUGCCAAACCCUACCGACCAUAACGUGGUGUACAUCCUUCAGUACCAUCUUUUGUCCUGAAUCUAGUUCGAGAUUAAUAUCACCUGUUUCCCAAGCCGUCAUUGACUUGCCACAUGCUAGGCCAAACACUCUUGGUUCUGCUAGUCUUUUGAUGUUGGUCAUUAUCGACCUGUGA